AAAUGAACACAAAAUAUGGAAUGAACUCAACAUGGGUAAAAAACAUGAUGUACAAAACAAAAUAAAUGAAUCAGCAACUGAACUGAGAAGAUAGAUAACAGAACAGAGUAAGCAUGACACUUAUUUCUUCUUCAUAUUGCAUCUUCUAUCUUCAACCUUCAAUUUCACCCAACACUCACUCAAAACCCUCUUUUCCCAUUCACUCACACAAAACCCCUUCUUCAUCACUAUCCCUUUCUCUAACUACACCCCCUCCUCACUCUUCACCACCCCCUAUUUUUCUCCCAUAUCUCGAGGACGAAAAAGAAACCAUAGAAGAAGAACAAGAAGAAGAAGAAAAGGAACAUGAACAAGCUAAUGACCCAAUCUACAAAUUUUUCAAAACCCGCACAAUGAGUUCCUCCCAAAACCCUCGAAAAGAGGGAAAAUUGUUCCUUCAGAAGAAUCGUCGCACAAAGUGGCACCUUUCUUCACAACACCUUGAUGAAGAAGAAUCGGAAAUGGGUAUGGAAGAAAUCCCUUUGUUAGUUGAAGAGAAUCAAGAAAUGGGGUCCCAAAAGAAGGAAUCAGCAUUGCCUAAAGGUGUUGUUGGGGAAAUUCUUCAUCUUGCAAGAAAUUUGCCACAAAAUUUGACUCUAGAAGAAGCUUUGGGAGAGUAUGAAAAAAGGGUCAAUGAGAAAGAGUGUUUAGAGGUUAUGGAAAUACUUGGGGAAGAAAAACUUGUGAUGUGUUGUUUGUAUUUUUUUCAGUGGAUGAGGUCUCAGGAACCAUCGCUUGUUACACCUAGGGCUUUUACUGUGUUGUUCCCUUUGUUGGGAAGAGCGAGGAUGAGUGAUAAGUUGAUGGUUUUGUUCAGAAACUUGCCAUCUAGCAAUGAAUUCAGAAAUGUUUGUGUUUAUAAUGCUGCAAUUUCAGGCCUUCUCUCUGAUGGCAGGUAUGAAGAUGCUUGGAAGGUUUACGAGUCGAUGGAAACAGAUAAUGUUCUUCCAGAUCACGUGACAUGCUCUAUUAUGAUUAUUGUUAUGAGAAAACUUGGCCAUAGCGCAAAAAAUGCUUGGCAAUUUUUUGAGAAAAUGAAUAGAAAAGGAGUCAAAUGGGGCGAAGAAGUCCUUGGUGCAUUGAUAAAGUCGUUUUGUGUCGAGGGCCUGGUGAGUGAAGCUCUCAUCAUCCAAUCUGAAAUGGAGAAGAAAGGGAUUUCUUCAAAUGCAAUUGUGUACAACACUCUGAUGGACACAUAUUGUAAAUCCAAUCGGAUAGAGGAAGCCGAAGGCCUUUUUGUUGAGAUGAAAGCGAAAGGGAUUAAACCGACCGCAGCUACCUUCAACAUUCUAAUGUAUGCGUACAGCCAAAGAAUGCAACCUAAGAUUGUAGAGAAUCUUCUGGCAGAAAUGCAGGAUUUUGGGUUGAAGCCAAAUGCCAAUUCGUAUACUUGUCUAAUCAGUGCAUAUGGGAGGCAGAAAAAGAUGAGCGACAUGGCCGCAGAUGCAUUCUUGAAGAUGAAGAAAGUCGGUAUAAAACCCACUUCACAUUCCUAUACAGCGAUGAUCCAUGCGUAUUCAGUUAGUGGCUGGCACGAGAAAGCUUACGUGGCAUUCGAAAACAUGAUCAGAGAAGGUAUUAAACCUUCGAUAGAAACCUACACUACAUUACUAGAUGCAUUCAGACGUGCUGGUGACGCCGAAACAUUAAUGAAAAUAUGGAAGCUGAUGAUGAGCGAAAAAGUUAAAGGAACGCAGGUUACAUUCAACACUCUUGUGGACGGUUUUGCCAAACAAGGUCUCUUCAUGGAAGCAAGAGAUGUAAUAUCCGAAUUCGGGAAGAUUGGAUUGCAACCGACAGUGAUGACAUAUAAUAUGCUGAUGAAUGCAUAUGCGCGAGGAGGGCUAGACUCGAAGCUUCCGCAGUUGUUGAAAGAGAUGAAAACUCUUAAAUUAAGACCAGAUUCUAUAACAUAUUCAACUAUGAUAUAUGCUUUUGUCCGCGUUCGAGACUUUAAGAGGGCAUUUUUUUAUCACAAGCAGAUGGUCGAGAGUGGGCAGGUGAUGGAGUUAAGUUCUUACCAGAAGCUUCGUGCGAUUCUCGAAGUUAAAGCUGCAGACAAGAACAAGAGUGAUAAGGUAGCCUUGCUUGGUAUAAUUAACAAAAAGAUGGGAAUUAUGAAAAAGAAGAGGAAAAAAGAUGAGUUCUGGAAGUACAAGACAGGACAUGUGAAAAGAACAUAGUUCUGAUGUUGAUGUAUAGUAUAGUAAAUAUAACUUUUAAGUUCAAUUUUGACACACUUGAGUUUCUUCAUUUUAACUUUGAACAAUGUGUUAUCAUAUGCUGCUUCUUCAAUAAAAAAUACAUGUCACUCAUUUUCAGAUA